GGCCGCGUCCAAUCAAGCCACAUUGAGUCACUGCUCAUCUUAAUCUCCCAAAAUGAAGGCUGUUCUUGCUCUGUGUCUCCUGGGCGCGGCCAGCGCUGCCGUCGUGCCCCUCACCUACACCGCCGGCACCUACCCCUUCGCCGGCGGCUUCGUUCCCUACAACGCUGCGCGUUUCCCCUUCUCGGCCGGCGUCCUCCCCUACUCCUACGGCGUGCAGCCCAUCACCUACGUGGCCAAGCCCGUGACCACCCAAGUGGUGCAGCCAGGCUACGUGGCCCAGACCAAAGGCAGCACUCACAUCGCCCCUCUGCCCUCCGGCCUCGGCUACGCCUCGCACCACAUCAAUGUCGCUGACGCCCCCGGCACCCAGUAGGGACGACCGCCCUUGACGACGACCUGUGGCCACGCUUGCUCGCGCGGGAGAGUCCUGCGAAGGGGAGUCCUCCUGAGGAAGUCUCCAGGCGCGACGCGCUGGUGCCACGCGAUGCCCCUUGGAGCCACGGAACAAGAAUGUCCUCAUUCUGAAAAUUGCCUUUUGUAGAAUUUGUUGCGGAAGAGUAACUAUGUUUUUCAAAAUGUGAUUUACAUUGGUGAAGAAGAUUAAGAGCUGUGAUUCUCUGGCGGGACCUUUUUGUGAAUAAAGAUAAAAAAUCCUU